CCGUAAAUAGAUCACACGAUGCAGGACAGACGCAUCGUCACGUUACCGGUUGUAAACAAAACGGUGAGUGAACCGCUUUGAAUGGUGGAGGACCGCCUUGUCUUUCUUAUUAUUUCAUUGUACAGGUGAGCGAUGGUGCAGCUGCACGUGAAGCGCGGGGACGAGAGCCAGUUCCUGUACAGCGCCGCCGUGCACGAGCAGCUGGAGACGGUGACCCGGCAGAUCACAGCUGUUUACAACGGGAGACUGAAGGUGGACAGAAUAUGUUCAGAGAUCCCAGAGCUAGCGGACCACGGCGUCACGCUGCCGCCCAACAUGCAGGGGCUGACGGAGGAGCAGAUUGUGGAUCUGAAGCUGAGGGACGAAUGGGAAGACACGUGCGUGCCCAGCGGAGGGCCGGUGUUCAGGAAGGACGAGAUCGGGAGGAGGAACGGACACGCUCCAAAUGAUAAAAUGAAAGAGGUGUUGAUGAGAACAAUGGAGGAGGCAAAGGCACUGAUCUCCAAAAAACAAGUGCAAGCUAACGUCUGUGUCACCAUGGAGAUGGUAAAAGAGGCGCUGGAUCAGCUGAGGGGUGCCGUCAUGAUCGUGUACCCCAUGGGGCUGCCUCCUCACGACCCCAUCAGGAUGGAGUUCGAGGACAAGGAAGACCUGUCAGGAACACAGGCAUCUCUGCAGGUGAUCGCGGAGGACGAGUGCCAGCUCUGGUGGGCCGCCAAGGAGAUGCAGAGGGGGAAGAAACUGCAGGACUACGUGGGCAAAAAUGACAAGACCAAGCUAGUGGUCAAAAUCCAGAAGAAAGGGCAGGGGGCACCAGCGAGGGAGCCGCUGGUCACCGACGAGCAGCAGAAACAGAUGAUGUUGCAUUACCACAGGAGGCAGGAGGAGCUCAAGAAACUGGACGAGGCAGAUGACGACAGCCACCUCGACUCCGAGUGGUCGGACAGACAGGCCCUGAAAAAACAGUUUCAAGGCCUCUCGAACAUCAAAUGGGGGCCAAGAUAAAGACCACCGCCACACGGAUACCCGUCGUUGGUGCUGGUCGCUAACAGCAUCACAUGCAACCAAAUGCCUUAUCACUGUCCUGACAUCUGUUGGUGUUAUUUGAAGUCUUCCAGAGGAUUUUGUAAUGUUCAUAUGACUACUGUUAGGCAGUUUUAGAAGUAUGCUGGCCUUGUUUUUUUUAUGAGUUUCUGGAUGAACAACCAACGUUUAUUUUUAACCAAAUUUGAAAUGUGAAGAAGACAUGCGGACACAAAGGAUGACAGAACAGGUAGUGAAGUCACAUGGAGGCUGAUAUCUUAAUAAACCUGAUUUAUUCUUCAACUUCAA